AUGCUCUCCCGCACAGCCCCUCGAGCUCUGCUCACCUCCGUGCGCCCAUCCAUCCGCACAACAACACCCACCACUUCAACUCUGCUCCCUCGGGCUUGCGCCAUCCGCCCAAGUUCCGCCUCAAAGUUCACCCGCUCCUUCCAGUCAUCCCCGGCAAUCCGCAAAGGCAUUCACCCAGAAUCAGCAAACCCCCCUGCUCCGAACCCCCAAUCGGGUUCCGUUGCCGGAGCUGCUACCCAUAUCACUGAGCCCUCGCCAUUGACUCCGGAGGAGUACUACGAGUACUCGGAGCAUUAUUUCAACGUGCUGCAGAGCGAGCUGGAGAAGGCACAGGAGGAGGGGUCUGAUAUUGAGGCCGAGUACAGUGCUGGUGUUCUGAACAUCUCCGUUCCCGCGCUCGGCACCUAUGUACUCAACAAGCAACCACCCAACAAGCAGAUCUGGCUCAGCUCGCCCAUCUCCGGGCCGAAGCGGUAUGACUGGAUUGUCGAGGGCGAUUAUAUGCAUGAGAAGCAGGACUCGCGGCCUUUCGUUAAUGGGCAGUGGAUCUACCUGCGUGAUGGCUCGAAUCUGACCGAGUUGCUGAACUCCGAGUUGACCUUGCGUUUGCCCAAGGAUAUCUACAGUGAGGUCAUUGAGUGA